AUGGGCGUUGGGGGGUUGGGGCGUAUACAUGCCUGCAGCCGUAGGUUUCUAUGUGAGCGCACAGCCGAUGGUGGUUCUUUGUACGAUUUUCUAUCUAUCUAUCUAUCUAUCUAUCUAUCUAUCUAUCUCAGUUUCUUCAUUAUCUAUCUAUUUCAGUUAAUAUCUAUCUAUCUCUCUAUCUAUCUAUCUAUCAAUCUAUCUAUCUAUGUCAGUCUGUUCAUUAUCUAUCCAUCUAUUCAUUAUCUGUCUAUCUCUCUGUGUCAGUUAAUAUCUAUCUAUCUAUCUAUCUAUCUAUCUAUCUAUCUAUCUAUCUAUCUAUCUAUCUCAGUCACUUCAUUAUCUAUCUAUAUAUCUUUCUCAAUGUGUUCACAUCUAUCUAUCUAUCUAUCUAUCUAUCUAUCUAUCUAUCUAUCUAUCUCAGUUAAUAUCUAUCUAUCUAUCUAUCGAUCUCAGUCUGUUCAUUAUCUAUCCAUCUAUUCAUCUAUAGUGUCAGUUAAAAUCUAUCUAUCUAUCUAUCUAUCUAUCUAUCUAUCUAUCUAUCUAUCUCUUGAUCCAUCUAUCUAUCUAUCUAUCUAUCUAUCUAUCUAUCUAUCUAUCUAUCUAUCUCUUGACCAAUCUAUCUAUCUAUCUAUCUAUCUAUCUAUCUAUCUAUCUAUCUAUCUAUCUCAGUCUCUUCAUUAUCUAUCUAUCUAUCUUUCUCAAUGUGUUCACAUCUAUCUAUCUAUCUAUCUAUCUAUCUAUCUAUCUAUCUCAGUCUGUUAUUAUCUAUCCAUCUAUUCAUCUAUAGUAUCUAGUUAUCUAUCUAUCUCACUAUCAGUUGACCAAUCCAUCUAUCUAUCUAUCUAUCUAUCUAUCUAUCUAUCUCAGUCUAUUCAAUUAUCUAUCCAUCUAUUCAUCCAUCUGUCUAUCUAUCUAUCUAUCUAUCUAUCUAUCUAUCUAUCUAUCUCAAUGAGCUAUCUCAGUGACCAAUCCAUCUAUCUAUCUAUCUAUCUAUCUAUCUAUCUAUCUAUCUAUCUCAGUCUCUUCAUUAUCUAUCCAUCUAUCUUUCUCAAUGUAUUCACCACAUCUAUCUAUCUAUCUAUCUAUCUAUCUAUCUAUCUAUCUAUCUAUCAACACUGCUUAACAUUUGGAAUGAUUCUCUGA